CCAAAGCCGAACGGGAACUGGUUGGCAGUAUGACUGAGAGCAGACACUUCAGCUAUCGAUUACAAUUUACAGAGGUUUUCUCCAUUGAGGAAUGUCUGAUCAUUUUCCAAAGAAAUGUUAGAGUUUGUUUUACCAUUGUUUCUUGGCUUUUUGGCGCUCUACUUACUCAGCGUGCGAUUCGGAAGAACAAGGCAAGUGGCGAAUGAAUUUAUAGUUUAUUUCAACUUUGUUGGUGUUCGCGUUGGUUGCUGUAUGCUAGGAAUUAAACUUUUGCCUAAACACUUGAAACUGAUCAACAUAUUUGUUGGAGAAUCCUGGCCACGUUCCUUAAACACAAGUUCUUUAUGUGACUAAUAUCAAACAGUCGAUUAUUUGAACAAAGCAUCAGACUGUCUUGUGUAAGAACAUGAGCAGCGUUUUUCAAAUUCGGCACAACAAUUUUAGCGUAGUUCACAGUCCCUGAUUAGAUGGGAACAAUGGGCUAAGAGGUCCAGUCCUGAGUUUGAGGGAUAUAGAUGGUAUUGUAACAAUGUAAAUAUUCUAUGACAGCAGCCUAUGUAUGCCACUGAGUGUAGCUAUUUGACCAAGCAAACAGUCCUUUACCUUUUGUUUGCUGUUUGACCAUAGUUUGCAUAAUCUUAAAUACCUUUAUUAUUUCCUCUUCAUAAGACAGCUGGUUGCAGUUAAUGAAUGUCUUACAUUUUGGAAAUGUUAGUAAUUUAGCAGGGACGCGCUUAUCCCGAGCGCAUCGACAGUUCAUGGGACUGCAAACACACUGGAUGUGUCACAAAUGGCACCCUAUUACCUUCAUAGUGCCCUACUUCUGACCAGGGCCUAUAGGGCUCUUUCUUUGGUCAAAAGUAGUGCACUACAUAGGGAAUAGGGUGCCAUUUGGGAGUACAACUCACUGUGUUCUCUGUAAGAAGUAGGUCAGCCGCAAACAGUCUCUAAAGGCAUUUCCUUCAGCAUUGUGUGUACUGGGCUGGUCAGCUCCCAGAGGAGCACUCACUGAGGAUUUGAUUUGAGGAUCAGACCUGGUGGGUUAAAAUACAAUUUUAACUCUUUCUAAUAUUUUGAGCAUUUGCUCUAUAGUCUAGAGUAGACUGCCUGGAGUGCCAGAUAGGCGGGGUUUGCAGUUUUGGGACCAUUUGUCCAUUAAGCCAAGCAAGCUCAAGCACAGAAAGUAUUUGAAAUGAUUUAUAAUAGUAUUUGAACCCAGGAUAGUCAUCAUUCUGAGUUUUCCCCACCCUGCUCAUCUUAUCUACGCAAAAGGAAAGUGCAUGUUAUGGUCCUCUUAAUUUAGAGUUAUUUAUCCAACUUAAGUUGUGAUACAAACGUUGGGCUAUAUGUUUAGAUUUUUAACUGCAUGAUGCGACUCUAAUGAUGUUUUGAAAAAAGUUGCAUGAAAGGCAUGAGCUCUGCUUUGUUUUUUGCGCAGGCUGCACACACUUCAUCAGUCUCUCAUUCACAAUUUGACAAGCACUUGAUAAUGCCUCGAAUUUCCUGGAGGCAUCCCCUUUGUGUGGAUGUAAUGUCCCCUAAAAAAAUCCAUGCCUUUUGCGGCCAGUGGCCGUUGUGCCCUUGGGCUGAAUAUAAUAAUUAUAAUUCCCUUCUCCCGGCUGCGUUCUCCAAAGCACCUCUCACUCACAUGGCUCUCUCAGAUCUCAGUUCCUAUUAGCCAAUGCCCGUCACGUGAUCGGGUCUUUCUCACAGGCUACAAGUGAAGACAGACACAUCGGGGACACAACUGUGCGCGUCCUUAUCCAAUUCCAAUGCACAUAUUGAAGAUAUUGGAAGAACUGUCCACAAUUACUUUUCGUCAGCCAACAAGAUGAGUAGGCCUAACGAACAGCAAAAGCACUAGCCUAUGUCAAUCUACUAUCCCCCAUAGUACACAUUUGGCCUAUUCUGUGCAAGAAAUAAAUAUUCCAAACAUAGUCUGGGACCGUUGUGGGAUGCGAUAGAUCCCAAAUGAAUACAACCACUAGCAUCAGAAAAACUUUUUUAAGCAAUGAGGCUGGUGCAACAGAUCAGAACAUUUAGCUUAAAAUGUUAAUAAACUAUUAGGUUAUUUCUUCACAUUAUAAGCGCGGCAAUGCGCACACGGCAAUAGGCUAUAAGCGCGAAUGUUCCAAAAUGCCAUCAAUUAGCAGGAAAACACAAUUCUCAAAAAUGACCGCAAAUUCGAUUAUGCAUUUAAUGCUUUUAUAAUAAAGGUUCAUUUUUAUGGUGAAAGUUAUCUUCCCCAAACUUGAAACUCACACACUGCGUAUGUAUGCCAGUUAGGCUCUACACCCGUUGUAAAGCAAAUUAAUGUGCUUAAUUUUAAGAAGUUAUUUGGCCACUUUAGUUGUGAUACAAACCUUAUCAAAACAUAUAGGCCUAUGGACUAGGCUACAUGAGGUGUGUGACUAUGAUUUGAAAAAGUUAUUUAUAAAAGGCAUGCACUGUUUCUUGCCUUACUGCACACAAGCUGGCCAUCAUUCACAAGUGAUAAUAUAUCAUUUACAAGUGAUAGGCUAAUAUUGUCACCCAUCAGACUAUUCUUAAUUUCAUCUUGUCUUUUCAUCUUGGACCAUUAUCAUGCACCUGUCUCGAAACCGGAGCAGGGGAAAAUAAUACAUGUCAUUUAUGCACUUAAAUAGGGAAUGGAGGACGCUUUUCCUGUGGUUCAUUUUCAUGCCAGCCAGGUAGGCUGUACUCCUGUUGUAAAGAGAAGCAAUGUGCUUAUUAGGAAAGAUGAGAAAUAAAUAUAGUAGGCCUAACCUAUAGAAACUGAUGGAUCCUCUUUUUAAUAGAGGCAAUCACUCUUGUUUUCUCAUGCAAUUAUAGAAAUGUUGCACAACAUGAGCUCAUGGGCUCUCAUGAAGUGUUUGAUUAGAUUUUCGAUUACAUUUGCAUUGAUGUCAGAGUGAUUAGAGGGACAAUAGAGUGCUGAGUACCAGGCAGUUAGCAAGUUUGGUAGGCUACUAAUGACCAGCAGCAGCAUCAUAGCUUGGAGAAGCCUAAUUACCGUGACUAAAAGGUCACGUGGAAUUUGACUACCAGCCCUAGUCAGGUGUACUAGCAAGGCAGAGGUCCUGGGUUCAAGCCUCGUUAUGAGCCGAAUCAGGAGGAAGCGAUACUCUCUAAGCAGUCAAAUAGGGCCUCAACAGUAAAGGUAAAUGGGAUUCCAUAUUCUACAUAUCAUUUUAUUUUGUUAAAUGUGAAAGGGAAAAUAAAUGGCAGGUCUAAUUGAUACUCAUUGGCGCAGUGUGGACAUCUGUUCUAAUAUUGUUACUGACGCAUGGGGCCUUUACUCUGAUGCUGGCCUAUCCAAAUGUGCUCACUGCUGGCAGACACUAUCAGACUUCCUGAUUGCUUCUGACAAGUGGCUGGCUGGCAGGCAGACAGGCAGGCAGCAGUGUGGACUAGGUGGGGGGCACAAGCACAACAACAACAAGUAAGCCUCGGCUGAGACUUGUCAGCUUGAGGCCUCACAAAUAGCAGAUCGUCUCUCAUGACCCGCUCUCUCCACACUAACCCUCGGAUGGAUAAGCACACAUGAGUUAGUUUAGUACCGACGUUGCACAGAUUAGUAUUGGUUAGUUGAUCUCAUGCAUUAUUUUGUGAAACAGAAGACUGCUCCGUGCUGCAUCAAGUCAGCUCUAGAUACAGUAUCUUCCUUGCAUAAGACAUGUUGUUUCCAAAAACAAGUACACAGCACAGGAAGGAUGAUGUAACAGUUAGCCUAUCUAUUUGUGUUCAAUGGCACAAUGCUUUGUAGUAUAAUGCACCUUACAAUGUUGCCUCAAUUUCAUCAGUAUGAUGACCCACUGACAUUGUGUUUCUAUAGGGCAAAUAAGGGUGAAGAUGACGGGUAACAUUGUGCCCCUAGGUCAGCCACUGGAUGCUAAUAGUCUAGUGUACACACCCUGUGGCUAUAGACUAUAUAAGCAAAUGUCUCACCAGCGCUACCUCUAACUGGUCAAAUUAAUCCUGAUUGGUAAACAUAUACCUAAGCUUCAAAAAUCAUAAUAUGAAAGGCAUUAUGACUCUUUAUGUAAUGCUUAUAAAGGCUUUAUGAAUGCUACAUGUCACCUCUCUACGUUAAGUGUUAGCAAAAUCUUUGAUAAUAGCUUUUUGAAGCAGCUAGUUUUGUAUUCGUUUUCUGGCCACUACCGCAAGAUCAUCCAUAAUAAAGGAGAAAUAAUGUUUUGUGCUUAGGCAUAGCUUCUAAGUGGAGUAAAUAUUAGGCCUGUCCAGUCAGUGUGUGUUGAAAGGCCCAGUGUGUGUGUGUGUGUGUGUAAGUCCUGUUGACAGGAUCAAAAAAGUGCCUCCAGCAUUUCUUUAGGCCAAAGCUAAUGUAUGCAUGAUUUUUUACUGCACCCUCCAACACCACAGUUAUUAAUAGAUCAUGACAUUCCUUGGCCUAGGGACAGAAACAUAUUUUUGUUGCCUCUGAUUCUGAUAGUCUUGAGCUGCGAAUGUUUGUCAAAGCUUGUUGAUUUGAAAAUAAAAUAAACCAUAGUAACCUUAGCUGAGAUAAGAACCUCAAAGGGAGCCAUACACACACGAUAGGAAGAUAAGAUAAUAUUUCAUUAGAACCGUAAAACAUGGAUAGAGAGAACAGCAGUGUUAGAUUUACAGUGUUACAUUUCCCUGGGAAAAUAGUCAGCUAUCUCUUCCUGUAAUUGCUCUGAGCUAUGACAUUGCUAUGCAGGACUCCCACAUUGCCUUUGUAAUUGUUUCCAUCUGCAUUCCCUUAAGAUACAGCUGUUGAAAGCAGUUUGUUGGAUACCGUUUGUAAGGGCCUGGAGUGAUUCCUGCUCUGUCAGCUAAUUUGGUCUGAAAUGAUGCUCUGUGGCAUGUCUGUGUGCUCAGUUUUCAGGCUUUAAAUUAUUUAUUUAUUUAGUAUACCUUGCUGACCAGUAGCUGCUGUAUUUGUUUGGUACACUGUAUGUGGUAAAGGAGAAUGAGGGUAGCUGAUACCAGUCCACCUUGAAGGUUUGAGAGACACCCGAUCACAUUGUACACCUUGUCUCAUGAAUAUUGCAAAGGUGUUGUUAGUAGUUCCUUUGUUGUUAGUAGUUCUAAUCACUUAGGCUUGCAUUUAUAUUGCAUCUGAAUCAGUCAGAUCUAUGUUUUAUCUCUUAUUUCUUCUGAAAAUGUUUAGGUGGAUAUGUUUGUUGGUGAUAUGACAUACUGUAUAUCUGAUAUUACCUCAUGUAAAAUACACAUUUCUUAUGUUUUUCUCUUUUAAUAGGAGAGAUGGGGAGCCUCCACUUAUAAAUGGUUGGAUUCCAUUCCUUGGGAAGGCUUUGGAGUUUGGAAAGAAUGCACAUGGAUUUCUUGCAGCACAUAAGGAGAAACAUGGAGAUGUAUUUACUGUGCUGAUUGCUGGUGGGUAAUAAAUAUUAGUGUAUACAUUUUAUCAUAGCAUGGUUCAAAAAGGAGCAAAUGUACAGUACCAGUCAAAAGUUUGGACACACCUACUCAUUCAAGGGUUUUUCUUUAGUUUUACUAUUUUUUUUUACAUUGUAGAAUAAUAGUGAAGACUUAAACUAUGAAAUAACAUGUGUUAACCAAAAAAGUGUUAAACAAAUCAAAAUAUAUUUUAUAUUUGAGAUACUUCAAAUAGCCACCCUUUGCUUUGAUGACCGUUUUUCACACUCUUGGCAUUCUCUCAACCAGCUUCACCUGGAAUGAUUUUCCAACAGUCUUGAAGGAGUUCCCACAUAUGCUGAGCACUUGUUGGCUGCUUUUCCUUCACUCUGCCGUCCGACUCAUCCCAAACCAUCUCAAUUGGGUUGAGGUCGGGAGAUUGUGGAGGCCAGGUCAUCUGAUGCAGCACUCCAUCACUCUCCUUCUUGGUAAAAUAGGCCUUACACAGCCUGGAGAUGUGUUGGGUCAUUGUCCUGUUGAAAAACAGAUUAUAGUCCCACUAAGCCCAAACCAGAGGGGAUGGCGUAUCGCUGAAGAAUGCUGUGUUAGCCAUGCUGGUUAAGUGUGCCUUGAAUUCUAAAUACAUCACAGACAGUGUCACCAGCAAAGCACCCCCACACCAUAACACCACCUCCAUGCUUUACGGUGGGAACUACACAUGCGGAGAUCAUCCGUUCACCCACACCGCAUCUCACGAAGACACGGCGGUUUGAACCAAAGAUCUCAAAUUUGGACUCCAGACCAAAGGACAAAUUUCCACCGGUCUAAUGUCCAUUGCUUGUGUUUAUUGGCCCAAGCAGGUCUCUUCUUCUUAUUGGUGUCCUUUAGUAGUGGUUUCUUUGCAGCAAUUCGACCAUGAACGCCUGAUUCACACAGUCCCCUCUGAACAGUUGAUGUUGAGAUGUGUCUGUAAUUGAACUCUGAAGCAUUUAUUUGGGCUGCAAUUUCUAAGGCUGGUAACUCUGAAUGAACUUAUCCUCUGCAGCAGAGGUAACUCUGGGUCUUCCAUUCCUGUGGUGGUCCUCAUGAGAGCCAAUUUCAUCAUAGUGCUUGAUGGUUUUUGCGACUGCACUUGAAGAAACUUUAAAAGUUCUUGAAAUAUUCCGUAUUGACUGACCUUCAUGGCUUAAAGUAAUGAUGGACUGUCAUUUCUCUUUGCCUAUUUGAGCUGUUCUUGCUAUUAUAUGGACUUGGUCUUUUACCAAAUAGGGCUAUCUUCUGUAUACUCCCCUUACCUUUCUUUGUCACAACACAACUGAUUUUCUCAAACGCAUUAAGAAGGAAAGAAAUUCCACAAAUUAACUUUUAAGAAGGCACACCUGUUAAUUGAAAUGCAUUCCAGGUGACUACCUCAUGAAGCUGGUUGAGAGAAUGCCAAGAGUGUGCAAAGCUGUCAUCAAGGCAAAGGGUGGCUUUUUGAAGAAUCUCAAAUAUAAAUAUAUUUAGAUUUGUUUAACACUUUUUUUGGUACUACAUGAUUCCAUAUGUGUUAUUUCAUAGUUUUGAUGUCUUCACUAUUAUUCUACAAUGUAAAAAAAAAUGUAAAAAAUUAAGAAAAACCCUUGAAUGAGUAGAUGUGUCCAAACUUUUGACUGGUAGUGUAUAUUGCUGAAAUUUUUUGAUAAAAUGUACAGUGAGGGAAAAAAGUAUUUGAUCCCCUGCUGAUUUUGUACGUUUGCCCACUGACAAAGAAAUGAUCAGUCUAUAAUUUUAAUGGUAGGUUUAUUUGAACAGUGAGAGACAGAAUAACAACAAAAAAAUCCAGAAAAACGCAUGUCAAAAAUGUUAUACAUUGAUUUGCAUUUUAAUGAGGGAAAUAAGUAUUUGACCCCCUCUCAAUCAGAAAGAUUUCUGGCUCCCAGGUGUCUUUUAUACAGGUAACGAGCUGAGAUUAGGAGCACACUCUUAAAGGGAGUGCUCCUAAUCUCAGCUUGUUACCUGUAUAAAAGACAUCUGUCCACAGAAGCAAUCAAUCAAUCAGAUUCCAAACUCUCCACCAUGGCCAAGACCAAAGAGCUCUCCAAGAAUGUCAGGGACAAUAUUGUAGACCUACACAAGGCUGGAAUGGGCUACAAGACCAUCGCCAAGCAGCUUGGUGAGAAGGUGACAACAGUUGGUGUGAUUAUUCGAAAAUGGAAGAAACACAAAAGACAUGUCAAUCUCCCUUGGCCUGGGGCUCCAUGCAAGAUCUCACCCCGUGGAGUUGCAAUGAUCAUGAGAACAGUGAGGAAUCAGCCCAGAACUACACGGGAGGAUCUUGUCAAUGAUCUCAAGGCAGCUGGGAUCAUAGUCACCAAGAAAACAAUUGGUAACACACUACGCCGUGAAGGACUGAAAUCCUGCAGCGCCCGCAAGGUUCCCCUGCUCAAGAAAGCACAUAUACAGGCCCGUCUGAAGUUUGCCAAUGAACAGCUGAAUGAUUCAGAGGAGAACUGGGUGAAAGUGUUGUGGUCAGAUGAGACCAAAAUGGAGCUCUUUGGCAUCAACUCAACUCGCCGUGUUUGGAGGAGGAGGAAUGCUGCCUAUGACCCCAAGAACACCAUCCCUACCAUCAAACAUGGAGGUGGAAACAUUAUGCUUUGGGGGUGUUUUUCUGCUAAGGGGACAGGACAACUUCACCGCAUCAAAGGGACGAUGGACGGGUCCAUGUACCAUCAAAUCUUGGGUGAGAACCUCCUUCCCUCAGCCGGGGCAUUGAAAAUGGGUCGUCAAUGGGUAUUCCAGCAUGACAAUGACCCAAAACACACGGCCAAGGCAACAAAGGAGUGGCUCAAGAAGAAGCACAUUAAGGUCCUGGAGUGGCCUAGCCAGUCUCCAGACCUUAAUCCCAUAGAAAAUCUGUGGAGGGAGCUGAAGGUUCGAGUUGCCAAACGUCAGGCUCGAAACCUUAAUGACUUGGAGAAGAUCUGCAAAGAGGAGUGGAACAAAAUCCCUCCUGAGAUGUGUGCAAACCUGGUGGCCAACUACAAGAAACGUCUGACCUCUGUGAUUGCCAACAAGGGUUUUGCCACUAAGUCAUGUUUUGCAGAGGGGUCAAAUACUUAUUUCCCUCAUUAAAAUGCAAAUCAAUUUAUAACAUUUUUGACAUGAGUUUUUCUGGAUUUUAUUGUUGUUAUUCUGUCUCUCACUGUUCAAAUAAACCUACCAUUAAAAUUAUAGACUGAUCUUGUCUUUGUCAGUGGGCAAACGUACAAAAUCAGCAGGGGAUCAAAUACUUUUUUCCCUCACUGUAUAUCAUGUAUUGUGCUUCUUUAAAUUGUAUUUAAUAACAGUAAAGUUACAAACAAUAUGAUUAGACAGUACACAUGUUUCAUGUCUAUUGAAAUACAAUCCUGUCCUCACAUUUCCUCUCAGGCAAAUACAUGACCUUCAUAAUGAAUCCGUUGCUGUAUCCGUACGUCAUCAAACAUCGAAAACAGCUGGACUUCCAUGAGUUUUCUGACCAAGUGGCCCCCAUGACGUUCGGCUACCCCCCUGUCAGGAGCGGCAAGUUCCCCGGCAUGGACGAGCACAUCCAGAGGUCCUUCCGUCUUCUACAGGGCGAGAACCUCGAUAACCUGACAGAGAGCAUGAUGGGAAAUCUUAUGUUUGUGUUCCGACAAGACUACCUGAGUGGGGAGAGCGAGUGGAGGACUGAAAGUGUGUACCAAUUCUGCAAUUCAAUCAUGUUUGAGGCUACUUUCCUGACCAUCUUUGGCAAGCCUGCCCACACCAGCAGACACAGCGGAAUGGUGACGCUUCGAGAGGACUUUGUCAAGUUCGACACCAUGUUCCCCCUCCUCAUUGCCAGGAUCCCAAUCUCUCUGCUGGGAGGAACCAAGGCCAUCCGAGAUAAACUGAUCAACUACUUCCACCCUCAGAGAAUGUCUCGAUGGUCCAACACCUCAGGGUUCAUAAAGGAAAGAGCAGCACUGUUUGAACAGUAUGACAGCAUGGGAGACGUAGAUAAAGCAGGUAAACACAGUUGAUAUCCUGUAGCACCUGGCCUUUUUUUAUACAUUUCUAUGCAGCACUUUAUCUUACUUCCUAAAUUUGACUACCGGUAUGUAAACCUACUGUAUCUCAGUAACACUUAACCUUACCUUUACUAUAUGCCCUUAUACCUACACAGUAAUAACCAACGUAAACACAUGUCACCAUGUAGAUGCUUUCCUCUCUGUAUGCACCUACAACAUAAAAUGUACUACUUUGACUUCAACAAGGACAUUCCAAACCUCAGUUGUAACUCUUACCGAGUAACUCUGGGUAACUCUUGCCCAGUACCCUGCCCUGAGUCACUGUUACUAGCCGGCUACCACCCGGUACUCUACCCUGCACCUUAGAGACUGCUGCCCUAUGUACAGUGAGGGAAAAAAGUAUUUGAUCCCCUGCUGAUUUUGUACGUUUGCCCACUGACAAAGACAUGAUCAGUCUAUAAUUUUAAUGGUAGGUUUAUUUGAACAGUGAGAGACAGAAUAACAACAAAAAAAUCCAGAAAGACGCAUGUCAGAAAUGCUAUAAAUUGAUUUGCAUUUUAAUGAGGGAAAUAAGUAUUUGACCCCUCUGCAAAACAUGACUUAGUACUUGGUGGAAAAACCCUUGUUGGCAAUCAGAGGUCAGACGUUUCUUGUAGUUGGCCACCAGGUUUGCACACAUCUCAGGAGGGAUUUUGUCCCACUCCUCUUUGCAGAUCUUCUCCAAGUCAUUAAGGUUUCGAGGCUGAUGUUUGGCAACUCGAACCUUCAGCUCCCUCCACAGAUUGUCUAUGGGAUUAAGGUCUGGAGACUGGCUAGGCCACUCCAGGACCUUAAUGUGCUUCUUCUUGAGCCACUCCUUUGUUGCCUUGGCCGUGUGUUUUGGGUCAUUGUCAUGCUGGAAUACCCAUCCACGACCCAUUUUCAAUGCCCUGGCAGAGGGAAGGAGGUUCUCACCCAAGAUUUGACGGUACAUGGCCCCGUCCAUUGUCCCUUUGAUGCGGUGAAGUUGUCCUGUUCCCUUAGCAGAAAAACACCCCCAAAGCAUAAUGUUUCCACCUCCAUGUUUGACGGUGGGGAUGGUGUUCUUGGGGUCAUAGGCAGCAUUCCUCCUCCUCCUCCAAACACGGCGAGUUGAGUUGAUGCCAAAGAGCUCGAUUUUGGUCUCAUCUGACCACAACACUUUCACCCAGUUCUCCUCUGAAUCAUUCAGAUGUUCAUUGGCAAACUUCAGACGGGCAUGUAUAUGUGCUUUCUUGAGCAGGGGGCGCUGCAGGAUUUCAGUCCUUCACAGCGUAGUGUGUUACCAAUUGUUUUCUUGGUGACUAUGGACCCAGCUGCCUUGAGAUCAUUGACAAGAUCCUCCUGUGUAGUUCUGGGAUGAUUCCUCACCGUUCUCAUGAUCAUUGCAACUCCACAAGGUGAGAUCUUGCAUAGAGCCCCAGGCCGAGGGAGAUUGACAGUUAUUUUGUGUUUCUUCCAUUUUCGAAUAAUCACACCAACUGUUGUCACCUUCUCACCAAGCUGCUUGGCGAUGGUCUUGUAGCCCAUUCCAGCCUUGUGUAGGUCUACAAUCUUGUCCCUGACAUCCUUUGAGAGCUCUUUGGUCUUGGCCAUGGUGGAGAGUUUGGAAUCUGAUUGAUUGAUUGCUUCUGUGGACAAGUGUCUUUUAUACAGGUAACAAGCUGAGAUUACGAGCACUCCCUUUAAGAGUGUGCUCCUAAUCUCAGCUCGUUACCUGUAUAAAAGACACCUGGGAGCCAGAAAUCUUUCUGAUUGAGAGGGGGUCAAAUACUUAUUUCCCUCAUUAAAAUGCAAAUCAAUGUAUACAAUUUUCGACAUGCGUUUUUCUGGAUUUGUUUUUGUUAUUCUGUCUCACUGUUCAAAUAAACCUACCAUUAAAAUUAUAGACUGAUCAUUUCUUUGUCAGUGGGCAAAUGUACAAAAUCAGCAGGGAUUCAAAUACUUUUUUCCCUCACUGUACAUAGUCAUUGAACACUGGUCACUUUAAUAAUGUUUACAUACUGUUUUACCCACUUUAUAUGUAUAUACUGUAUUCUAGUCAUGUCUCAUCCUAUACAACUACUGCUUUACACACCUUUUCUAUUCAUACACUGUCCAUACUGUCUAUACACACCAUUAUAUGUACAUAUAUAUUUAUAUACAUUUAUAUUUAUAUACAUUUGUAAUUUAUUUAUAUAUAUAAAUUAUAUAUUCAUAUACAUUUCAGAAUCUGCCAUUGCUCGUUCUGAUAUUUCUUAAUUUUUUUCUUCAAAUAUUUUUGGGGAUUGUGUGUGUAUUACUGCACUGUUACAGCUAUAAAUUCAAGCAUUUCACUGCACCUGUGUUAACAUCUGCAAAUUUGUAAACAUAGAUUUGAUUUAAAUAUAACUCUUUCUUACCUUUACCUGCCCCAGCUCAUCAUUUUGCCAUUCUAUGGGCUUCGGUGGGAAACACAGUUCCAGCCACCUUUUGGGCCAUGUAUUACCUGGUGACGCACCCAGAGGCCCUUGCAGUGGUGCGUGAGGAGAUCCAUGGUGUCCUGCAGGUCUCAGGAAUAGAAGCAGACCACAACGGAGACAUCGCCUUCACCAGAGAACAGCUGGACAGCCUACUGUAUCUGGGUAGGUUAUUGUUAAGAUGUAUCAUUGUUAGGUUGGUCUUAAUCUCAGCACCCACAGCCAAAUCCGCUAAUGGACUGUCAUAAGAGAUUAGGUUUGUCUGCAGCGUCCAAAUUUUCCCUUAGCAUUUUCUGUUGAUUUUUUCUCUAUGAUUGUAUUAAAUGGUCUCAGCCGCAAGCACAGGCAGGGUUCAGUUGAGUCAAUGGUAGUGUGGCUUUGAGAGGGCCUUCCGAUCCUUUGUAUGUCUGACUAUACAAACAGCAUAGAGGUCUUCUUAUUACACUCCUACUCUGUAGUGGCAGGUGCUCUGUGUGUUGGUCUGUGUGUACAAUUUAGGGCAAAUCCUCCUGUCCCCACCCCCCAAAAGGAUCCCUCCAGACUCUGUACCUGUCACAUUAGAUCACGCUGCUGCACCCACCAUGCGGACUGUAGCCUCAUCUCUUCUGACAACUGCAUGCUCGGGGACAAAUGCCACUGGUGUAGAUUCUCUGUGGCUCCCUCUCUCUCUCACACUAAUGAUUUAUCUCCCUAAGGGGAACACAGUGGAAUAUCUGUUUCACAUCUGUUUGGUCUUAUAAGUGAUAGGGGGUUGGUUGAGUACUUAGUACUUACAGUAGCUACAUUUCAUAUUCUUCUCUCUUUGGCCUAUAGUGUUUUCUCUUAAGAUUGUAAUGGUUUUAAUGAAAAACACUGCUAGUCAGGAUUCCUUUAUGUAUGCAUGUGGAAAUAAAACUAUGUAUGACUUACGAUUACUCAGCUUGUGUUUUAGCCAUUUUGCUAGAGCAGUUCAUAUUUCUAACUAAUAGCCCUUCAAGUCUCAAAGAUUUCCCUCCUGUGUGAGUAUAUGUAUGUAGUGAGUCAGUAUUGGGCCACUCAAGGUACUUUUUUUUUUUUUUUAAUAUGUUCAGAUAGGCCAAAACAAAACCCAUGGCAAUGUUGGUAACUACAAAACAAAAAUGCAUGGUGACUAACUGAACUGUUCUGUGUUGUGUUCUCAGAGAGCUCCAUAAAUGAGAGUCUGCGGCUGUCUUCAGCCUCCAUGAACAUCCGCGUGGCCCAGGAGGACUUCGGCUUGCGGCUGGAGGGAGAGCGCUCAAUCGGAGUGAGGAAAGGAGAUAUCAUCUCCCUGUAUCCCCAGAGCAUGCACAUGGACCCCGAGAUCUACGAGAAUCCAGAGGUAAAGAAGACCAGUCGUUCAGAUUCUGUGGGCGUCCUAGAAUGGCUGUAGGCUUUCUCUCACCUUCACUGUGUCUAGUCUGGUCUGGGGGUUUUGUUGAUCUGCUGAAGUGCCUUCCUCCACCACCCCACACCCCCUGCUGUUUGGUGCGCGUGUGUGUGUCCCCAGGUUAGAUUAAUGAGCAGAAUGCAUGGACUCUGAGUGAUUGAAUUCACCCACUGGCCUUCAGAAGGUCACACCAUGCAUGCUAAUGUAAUCAGGGUGUGACUGGUGAUAACCUUGCCAUGAACUGUGACUAAGCAAAAUGGAAACUUUUCUGGAAAAUUACCCUUUAUUAUAAGGCACAAGAAAAUAAAGGCCUACUCACUUAUUUAUAUUACCCCUCCAACAGAUCUACAAGUUUGACCGAUACAUCGAAGACGGAAAGGAAAAGACUGACUUCUAUAAGGACGGCCAGAAGCUGAAGUACUACCGGAUGUCUUUCGGCUCGGGCUCCACUAAGUGCCCAGGAAGGUACUUUGCGGUGAAUGAGAUAAAGCAGUUCCUGUCUCUGCUACUGCUCUACUUUGACGUGGAGGUGGUGGAAGGGCAGGAGCCGUGUACCCUGGACCCCAGCCGUGCUGGCCUGGGCAUCCUGCUACCUGCCACUGACGUCCAGAUCCGCUACAGGCCACGUCGGGCCUGAGAGGAGGACAUCUAUAUAUGAACAAACACUAGACGGAUGAGCCCUGUGUGGCUAAUGGAUUUGUCUAUUUUCUCAUAGGUUGCAUCCCGAUUGGUACCUUAUUUAUUCCCUACAUAGUGCACU